AUGAUAAGGCACUUCAAGAGGGAUUGCGCAGGACUGAGAAAGGAUGAACAAAAGGGGGCAGACAGCUUGACUCCAUCUCGAGUGUUCGCUCUGACGCAGUUAGAGACUAAGGCUGAGGCUGGUUCCUCGGUAGUGACAGGUCAACUUCCUAGUUCUCAUUCAAGUAUUGUGCUAAUUGGUUUUGGUGCCAUGUUUUUCUUUGUUUUGUUGCAUCUAGCAGAGGCACAAACUUGGUCUGUGGAUUAUAUGAUUUUGUGCAUUCAUCUAAAGCGUGUUUCCUUUAAUGUGUUCGGCGAAUCCUUUAAACUUAAGUUGCUGUUUCAGUUACAGUUUAGUGAUUUACUAAAUGUUCAUGUUUUCAUUCUUGGUGAUCUGGACCAGAUUGUUAAUGGACCUGAAGUCUUGAGCAAGUUUGUUGGUGAAACAGAUAAGAAUGUUAGAGAUCUGUUUGCUGAUGCUGAAAAUGAUCAGAGGACUCGCGGUGAUGAAAGUGAUUUGCAUGUCAUAAUCUUUGAUGAAAUUGAUGCUAUUUGCAAGUCGAGAGGAUCAACCAGGGAUGGUACUGGAGUUCAUGACAGUAUUGUGAAUCAACUGCUUACAAAGAUAGAUGGUGUAGAGGCUUUGAAUAAUGUCUUGCUCAUUGGAAUGACCAACAUAAAGGAUUUACUUGAUGAAGCCCUAUUGAGACCAGGACGGUUGGAGGUUCAAGUUGAGAUAAGCCUGCCUGAUGAGAAUGGUCGUCUACAAAUUCUUCAAAUUCAUACAAAUAAAAUGAAGGAAAAUUCCUUUCUUGCUCCUGAUGUGAACCUUGCAGAACUUGGUACGUGCAUUGGUGAUGUAUACUAGUGAGACCUAUCAUAUUUAUUUUUUAGAUUGCGACAUUUAAAUGAUGAGUAUUUCCUUCUGUUAUGGUGUAUUCAGUAUUAAUGUGUCUGUUCCAUCCUCUAGUUGUCUCAGAAAUGAUCAGGGCACUGAACUGAACUAGAUGCCAUUUUCAAUGUGUCACCAGCUUCUCUUUUUUUGCUUCUCUUUCUUGCUUCUCUUUGCUUCUCAGCUUCUCUUUCUUUCUCUUUUUUUUUCGUCU